AUGGAACAACAGUCGCAAUCAACGACGCCAACAAUUCCAAUAACGAAAAGGUCGAGGAUAUGUUCAUCGCCUGUUCGUGUUACAUGCGAAGUGCUUCUUUUACUGUUACUUUUUGCACCUUUUAUUGUGUUCAUAACCAAAUGGCCAAGUGUAGAACAUAUGAUUCAAGGAAAAGUUCUUGAAAAAACACGUUUAGCCCCACUAUCCGAUGGCAAUGAGAGUUGGACAAACCCUCCCAUUACGACUUUACGUGCGUAUCGCUUGUUCAAUGUAACGAACUAUAUGGAUAUCAUGACGGAUACAAACAAUCCAACGUUGAAUUUCCAAGAAACACUACCAUUUAUGUACAAAGUUGUUGUGAAGAAGAAUAAUCCGAAAUGGUUUGAUAACAAUACGAAAAUUCAUUAUUCGAUCGAACGUAUAUUCACCCGCUAUGGUGAAUAUAGUGAAGCUUUGCUCAGCCAAGAAGGUGCCUUCGUUGAUAUACUUCGUGUGAUGUUUCGAACGAAAUUCGGUCGAGUCGCCGAUCCCGUUUUUUACAUUCUUGGCGGAAACAAUGCAUUUAACUAUUCCAAAGCUAUUGACAAACUCGAAGGUUAUAUCUCUCCCAUAUUUGCUGCAAUCUCAUCACGAAUGCAAGGACCAAACAAAGACAAAUAUGGAUUUAUCUACCGAUAUAACGGAACGAAUGGUUUCAACUUUACUAUUCAGACUGGCAUUGACAAUUCUUCGAUAAAAGGACAGAUGCUCAGCUUCGAAACCGAAUAUACACCAUUUAAAACGAAAAGUCAAGAUUGGCAAACGGAUAUUUUCGACGGACUGACAUUCCCGCCAUUGGGAAAUCCACCGAAUCAAAAAGUAAUCAAUGUAUUUCAGCCCGAUUUUUGCCGACCUGUGCAACUUCGUUACAACCGAACCGUGUCCAAAUUUGGCUUUGAAAUGUUACAUGAAUAUGUUUUGAAAUUAGUUGAUGUUGAGAAGUGUCCACAAAUGGAUGAAAACUGUCCCGAAGCGGAUAAACUCGAUAUCACAAAAUGUCUCUCCGCCGAGAUCCCUGAAGAAACGGUAUUUUUAUCUAAACCACAUUUCUAUGGACACAAUUCGUCGUCGACCAAUGUGAAUUUUCAUCCGAAUUUCGAUAAGCAUGAAUCAACAAUUUACUUUGAACCAAUCUCUGGUACACCAGUACGAGCCCAACUACGUAUUCAAUUGAGUACCAACGCCUGGAUUGAUCGUCUGAAACUUAAUCAAGACGGGUCUACUGAGCCAACUCGUACACGUGCUGUUCGACGGUUCAUUCCAAUGAUGUGGAUCGACCAAACAAUUACUUUGAAUAACGAAACAUUGAAUCGUUUACUACGUGUCAGUACAAUUCUUGAAAAAGGUCACUAUGCAUAUGGUUCAUUGAAAUUAAUCUACAUCAUCAUUGCCUUGCUAUCCUUAAUCGCCAUUGUUGUGGUCUUGGAAUUAUUCUUUUUCAAUCGAAGACGUCGAGCUGAUAAACACUUAUUGUACGCGCCGAGCAAAGAUCAAGAGAAAGAAUUGCUGCGUCCACCGAAAAACAGCUCACAAACGUAA